AUGGCUGGUGGCAAGUCGUCGAAGCGCGUGAAGCUGCGCACAAAGAUCGCGCGGAAGCAGCAGGCUCAACACGCGGCUGGCGAACAUGCGCCCUUGUCGAGUGGCCUCUCAUCCUCUCCGCCGCCGGUCGGUGGCGCGGGCGAGGCGAAGUCAGCCCUGCCAACGGAGGUGGAUCGUCAAGCGGCGCUGCACAUCCGCGACGCUCUGCGGCAGCGCCAGGGUCGCACCGGACGUGCACCAGCUAUGAAGGUGAAGGAAGCCAGAGGUGUUCGCGCCACCGCUGCCGCCGGUGGCGCGAAGCGCAAGCUGGCCAUGAACGCGAAGAAGGACAAGCCUUCAUCGCAGCGCACCGCGGCGCUGCGGCGGGCGACGGUGCUGGAGCGGCGCCGACUCAUGCUACCGCGGAUGUCCGCCGCGGAGGCGCGGAUGGCGGUGGCGCAGGAGGAGCUGCAGCUGUUUGAUGCGGUGCAGAUGGUGCCGGCGUACGCUGAAGACCCCUUCGCUGCGGUCAUGCAGCACCUGUCCGCCACGAUGGAUGUACUGCAGCCACAGACGCCAGACGUCGGCAUCGCAGAGCGCGCUGUUGGCGCGGGACGCCGGCACUGA